UGUUUAGUGAUGCAAAAAAGAGAUCGGCACUCAAAAGUUCUCAUUGCUUUUUUCAAACUUGUGGAAGUAGAAACAACGAAAGAAGAUGAUUCUAACAAGAAUCAUAAUUACAAUUAUUUUGACAUCUAGUUAUAUUCAACUUUGUACUUCAGACAAACCAGCACGUGGAUCUGGCUCGAUUUGCAAUACAGGAAAGAGGCAAUCCCCAAUAGACCUUAGACCACAUACUUUUUUUCACGACCCAUCUAGUUUGCAAUUGAUUAACUAUGAUUUUAUACCUGAACGAUUUGAAGUGCACAAUGAUGGACACACUGUUCAUUUAAAGAAUUUUAUCUGGGCUAAUAAUUCUCCAUUCAUGACGGGAAAAUCUCUUAAAAAUGAAAGAUAUAUAUUUAAAGCAGCUCAUUUACAUUGGAGUUCUGAUGAUCAUUCAGGAUCAGAGCACAGCUUAGUUGGAAAGAGGUUUGCAGCUGAACUACAUUUGGUGCACUACAACGGCAAAUAUAACUCAUCAGAAGAAGCUUCACGACACUCUGAUGGUCUCGCAGUGAUGGGUGUCAUAUAUGCGACUAGAAAUUACCAAAUUCCUAAUGCAGGGAUGAAAUUAUUUGCAUCACUAGCACAAACAGUCAAGCAACCUAAAGAGUCUAAUGACGAAGUUGAACCAUUUCCAUUAUCGUCAUUUAUAUCUGAACUAGAUGAAUUGUACACUUAUAGUGGAUCUCUGACUACACCUCCGUGCAUCGAAAACGUCCGAUGGAUAGUUUUAUCUAAAACAAUGCCAAUAUCGCCUAAAAUUAUUCACAUGUUUCGGAACGUAAGACUCAGUGAUGGACAUAAAAAUAAUGUGAGACCUUUGCAAGCACUGAAUAAUCGCGUUAUUCAGCUGUACAAAAUUUGAUUUAGAUUAUUUUUAGUAUGUCAGUAAAUUAUAUUAAAUUAU